AUGAGCGAAGGCGGGGGGGAGGAACCCACAGUUCCUAUGGAUGAUGGGAGCAUCCUCUAUGAAAAUGUUGAGCACCUGGAGGACCCUAGCUUUUCCACUGAGAAUAACAUCUCAGUUGAUGAAGCGGGUCCUUCAGGUGCUCAUACAUUUACAAAAGAAGAUCUCUCGCCAUCACCCACAGAAACUGCGACCCCCCGAAUCAAGGUUUAUUCGGCUAAUUCGACUUUUGCUGGUCCGUGGGUGGUUUUUUUCCGGCCUAAACCUAACGGAAAACCACUCAACGUUAUUCAAAUUACGAAGACUCUGGCUAAGUGGUCCUCUGUAACCAGCGUUACAAAGGUUAAUCCUUCAUCGUAUUCUUCCAUCCGUGUUUUUCUCCCUGAUUACGACAUUUCCUCUGUCCAGUUUGAUUUGUCCAUGCAGCAGGAAAUCCGCGGGAUCCCUGAACAACACCGUCCCUUCGUUGUUCCAAGGAUUUUUUAUGCAAAGUAUGGACACGUCAAUGCUGAACAAAUGUACUUUACUGAUGGAUCUCUUAUAAACGAGUGUACCGGGUUUGGAGUGUACAAUAAAAUAUCCUGUGCAUCUUAUAGUCUGCAAUCUCCAUGCUCCGUGUAUAUCGCUGAAUUAGCAGCCAUUCAUUGGGCACUGGAUAACAUAGCCACGCGAACCGUUGAACACUAUUUCAUUGUAACGGACAGUCUCAGCUCAGUUGAGGCUAUUCGAUCAAUAAAGCCCGGAAAGCACUCACCGUACUUCCUUGAGAAGAUACGGAUAACGUUGAGUGCUUUAUCAAGACGCUGCUUUAGCAUCACCUUCGUCUGGGUUCCUUCACAUUGCUCGAUAGUGGGCAAUGAGAAGGCAGACUCACUAGCGAAGGAGCACCUCAUCGAAAUGGAUCCUAGCCAAUUCCAAGCAUUUUUGGAACAUCAAUCGAAAAUGUUCGGGCAGAUGCUGAAAUCUAUAUCAGUCACCGUUCAGCAGCAGAAUCAACAUCAGCAGCAACAACAACCAACUACGUCCAGCGUCCCAGUGCCCCAGCCAUCGCCUUUGUUAUUGGAGGGCGAUAUGGCUGAAAACUUUGAUUUUUUCGAGAAAAGCUGGCGGAACUACGAAAGUGCGAUGGGAAUGGAUAAGUGGCCAGUUACAGAACAUGCAAGAAAAGUGAAUGUGUUACUGUCUGUCAUCGGAGAACAAGCGAGGAAGAAGUUUUCCAAUUUCGAGUUGACCGCCGCAGAGCAAGAAAGUUCGGAAGCUGCUCUAAUCGCUAUUAAAGCCAAAGUAGUGGCGAAGCGCAACGUCAUUGUCGACCGUCUCGAUUUCUUCUCAGCUGUUCAGGCAUCCAUGGAAUCUAUCGAUGACUUUACGGCCCGGCUUCGAGUGCUAGCCAAGGUAGCAAGACUUGGGGAGCUGGACAAGGAGUUAAUCGCAUACAAAAUCGUAACUGCAAACAAGUGGCCUCAUCUUCGGACCAAGAUGCUGACUAUCAGCGACAUCACCUUGGAGAAAGCAGUAGACUUGUGUCGUGCCGAGGAAAUAGCAGCCAAACGGUCACAGGAGCUAGGAAUUCACCCGUCGCAAUCAGCGGUCAACAAGAUUUUCAAGGCGAAAAGUCAAGCGAAGCAAAGUUUACCACGCUGCAAAUUUUGUGGAGACAAUCACGAGUUCGCGAAGGGUAGCGGUAGAACCAAGAGCCAAAAGUCCCGACGAGUGAACGAGGUAAAAGAAGAAACUGAUACAGAACCAGAGUCAUCAUCAUCUGAAAAUGAAUCAUCGACGGAGGAAUCUGGAGACGAAGAGUAUGAAAUCGGAAAGAUCUACGACAACUCCAGCACCGGGGGAAGUGUUCUUGCAGAAAUCAACCUGAAAUUUGGCAAAACUUGGAAGUCUGUCCUUUGUGAGAUUGACACUGGGGCCAACACAAGCUUGAUAGGGCUCGCCUACCUGGUCAAACUGUCUGGAGUUCAAAAACCGGAGCUACAUCCUUCUAAGUUCCGUUUACAAAGCUUCGGUGGAAAUCCCAUCAAAGUAUUAGGUCAAAUAAAGAUUCCAUGUCGACGGUUGGGCAGGAAAUUUCUUCUGGUUCUGCAAGUGGUGGACGUGGACCAUCGUCCGUUACUGUCAGCAAAAGCAUCGAGAGAGCUUGGGCUCGUCAAGUUCUGCAAUUCGGUUUCCUUCGAUGACCAGCAGUCAGCUUCUACGAAUAAUCAACUAUUUAACGUUUAUCGUGUGAAGGCCCAAAAGAUUGUCGACGAUCAUCGAAAUUUAUUCGAAGGUUACGGCAGACUCCCGGGAACAGUGACGUUGGAGAUAGACAGCAGCAUCACCCCAUCAAUUCAGCCCCCACGUCGUGUGCCAAUAGCGAUGCGUAGUCAGCUGAAGACCGAACUAGAGAAUCUUGAGAAGGAUGGCAUCAUCACCAAGGAAACCACACACACAGACUGGGUGAGUAACAUUGUAAUCGUUCAACGAAAUGGUCCAGGUACCGGAAUUCGAAUAUGCUUAGAUCCUGUCGUUCUCAAUAAAGCCUUGAAAAGACCCAAUCUUCAAUUCGUCACCCUUGACGAGAUACUGCCUGAACUGGGUAAAGCCAGAGUAUUUUCCACAGUCGAUGCGAAAAAGGGGUUCUGGCACGUGGUCCUUGACGAACCAAGCAGCAAGUUGACCACCUUCUGGACUCCAUUUGGACGAUACAGGUGGAUCCGUUUGCCGUUCGGAGUGGCACCAGCACCAGAAAUUUUCCAGCUCAAGUUGCAGGAAGUCAUCCAGGGUCUCAAAGGUGUCGAAUGUAUUGCUGAUGACCUUCUUGUGUACGGUGUUGGAGAUACGUUAGAGGAAGCACUCAAGAAUCAUAACGAAUGUCUCAAGGAGUUGCUGUGUCGUCUGGAAGAACAUCACGUGAAGCUUAACAAGUCCAAGCUCAAGCUUUGCCAAAGGUCAGUGAAGUUCUACGGUCACGUUCUUACCGAUCAAGGACUAAAGGCAGAUGAUUCGAAGAUAGCUGCUAUUCAAAAGUUUCCACAUCCCAUGAACCGCAAAGAAGUGCACAGAUUUGUGGGGAUGGUGACUUACCUCGGGAGGUUCAUCCAAAAUCUUACUAUCAACCUAGUAAAUCUUCGGAGACUGAUUUCCGAAUCGGUACCUUGGAGAUGGUCUGCCGUCGAGGAGAAAGAGUUCCAGCAAGUAAAAGCUUUGGUGGCCGAUCUCAAAUCAUUGCGCUAUUAUGACGUUAACGAGCCAUUAGUCAUCGAGUGCGAUGCUAGUAGCAUUGGACUGGGCGUCGCUGUGUUCCAGAAAAAUGGAGUCAUAGGGUACGCAUCUAGAACCUUAACUCCCACCGAAAGAAAUUAUGCGCAGAUCGAAAAGGAACUUCUGGCCAUACUCUUCGCCUGUGUCAGAUUCGACCAGCUAGUGGUUGGUAACCCGAAAACAACUAUCCGAACCGACCACAAGCCGCUGCUCAACGUGUUUCAAAAGCCCCUUCUAUCUGCACCACGCCGCUUACAGCACAUGUUACUCAAUCUGCAACGAUACAACAUAUCUAUCGAGUACGUCACGGGCAAGGAAAAUGUCAUAGCAGAUGCGUUGUCACGAGCACCAUUGCAAGAAUCGCCACAUAACGAGGAGUAUCAUAAACGCUGCAUCUUCAAAGUGUUCGAAGAGAUCCAAGACGUCAAGCUAAGCACCUUCUUAAAUGUAUCGAGCUCCAGGUUGGACGAAAUCAUCCGAGAAACAGAGAAGGACCAAUCGAUUCAACUUGUUAUCGACUACAUACGGCAUGGGUGGCCAGGUGCUAUCGACAACAUUCCGGACAGCGUAAAAAUCUAUUUUGGUUAUCGCAGUGAAUUGUCAACUCAGGAUGGAUUGGUGUUUCGUAACGAUUGCAUUUUGAUUCCGUAUGUCUUGAGAAAGAAGUUGGUCGAAAGCUGCCACGCAAGCCAUAACGGCGUUGAAGCUACACUAAGACUGGCUCGAGCGAAUCUCUUUUGGCCAGGAAUGUCGUCCCAGAUUAAAGAAGCAGUGAAAAGCUGUACUAUCUGCGCGAAAUUUGCUGCAUCUCAACCAAACCCUCCGAUGAAGAGUCAUGCAAUUCCAGUACAUCCGUUCCAGGUUGUCUCCAUGGAUGUUUUUUUCUACGACCAGCAAGGCAGCAAGCGAAAAUUCCUGAUCACAGUAGAUCACUAUUCUGACUUCUUUGAAGUGAAUCUACUAAAGGAUCUCAGUCCCGAAACAGUCAUCGCCGUUUGUAAGCAGAACUUCGCUCGAUUCGGCAUUCCACAACGAGCUAUCGCAGAUAAUGGCACCAACUUUGCAAACCAAAAGAUGGCCCGUUUCGCUGCCGAGUGGGAUUUCGAAUUUGUUACAUCGGCACCUCACCACCCACAAGCUAACGGUAAAGCGGAAUCGGCUGUCAAAAUCGCGAAGCACCUUAUGAAAAAGGCGGAAGAAAGUGGAACAGAUUUCUGGUACGCCCUGUUGCACUGGCGCAACAUUCCCAACAAAAUUGGUACCAGUCCAGCUGCCAGAUUGAUGUCCCGCUCAACACGCUGCGGUGUGCCAACCGCGGCAGCAAAGUUACUCCCGAAACCAGCCGAAGAUGUUCCAGCUAAAAUUGAAUCCAAUCGUCAGCGAACAAAGGUGUAUUAUGACCGAAAAACGAGAAACUUACCGCAGCUACAGAUCGGUUCCCCAGUCUUCGUACAGCUGAAUCCGGAAACAUCGAAAAACUGGUCCAUGGGAACAGUGUCUAACUGUUUCAACGAUCGUUCUUAUCUGGUGGAUGUGAAUGGCACGGAUUAUCGUCGUUCACUCGUCCAUCUGAAACCACGUAAGGAUCCCAAUACGCAGCCAAGCAACAACUCGCCAUCAGACCACGAAAUUCUUAAGGUCCCUAAGAAUAAUCCUCCAGUUCCGGAUCCAACGAUGACGAUGGUGGAAGCGACAGAAGGAGCUGUUUCUGGUUGUCCAGCCGCAGAAAAAUCUGUCUUCUUCUUCUUCUUCGUUUUUGUUUGA